CAAAAAAUGGAAUGGAGCUGAAAUUUUUUAAGUUAAAAAAAAAUACUUUUAGUGCAUUUUAAUUUUAGUUUUAGUGAAACUAUAAUCUAAAAAGUGUUUUCAAAAUAUUAAAAUACCCAAUGAAAGGUACGGUACUGGUAAUUCAUUAAGAUUUUAAAAUAUUUUGGAGUAAUCUACCUUUAAAUCGGUCACCUUUUCAAGCCUCAACAAAAUGGCAGAUUCGAAGGUUACUAACAAAGUAGACCCGGUUAUGGAAAAACCAUGGCAAAGGGCGAAAAGAUUUGAACGAUAUGAUUUUUGGUGUAAAUCAGCCUAUCCUCCAAUGCAAAUCGAACCACUGCCACAUGAAAGAAAUCGACUUAAUGGUGAGGGUAUGACGGCAGAGCAAAGAGCACUACGUAAACAAUGGGUGACUGAUCAGAUUCUGCAUCACGAACCAAGAGAGAUUAAACAAUUGCAACCACUAAACAUAUUUCGAAGGAUUUACAGAUGGCCUGCAGAUUUUGUGUUUUCAAGAAUUGUAAAACACAUUGUCGUAAGUUGCUUCUCCAAUGAAGCCUGUAUUGUAUAAAUAACAUAACAUAUUAAUUAUUAAUUUAUUGAGUUUGAUUUGAAUUUUAUAAUUUUUAAAGUAUAAUUUUCAAACAAUAAAUUCAAUACUAUUAAUUAUUUUGAUUAAUUAUUUGGUAAUUAUUUGGUAAUUAUUUGAUAAAUGACAGUGGAGACAGUAUUGAGUAGACAGCACUAUAAGUGUAAGCAUAGUAUAGGCCUAGGACUAGGGCCUAGUCAGUCAUACUACUGAAUUUUAAAGUGUCCCAUAGUCAUACAUACAUACUAUUAAGUUACAUAGUCUAUAGUCUAUAAUAAUAUUAAUGUUAAUGAUAUGAUUAGGGCUAGGGCUUAGUGGGGGCAUAUAUAAUUUAUAGCGAAAGGACUGGGUGGGGUGAAUUGAGCCUUGAGUACAUUGGGUUUCCCAGGGCGCAGUUAGUUUUUUUGUUAUUAAUGAAAAUAUAUAACAACUUUAUUAUGCAUUUCUGAAUACAAUAAAUUUGCUACAUUCAUCCUAAAUUAGGCUAAAGCCAAUGUGAGCUAAGGAAGCAUUUUUCUCAACCCGUAACAUAUUAUUAUGCUUAAGUUGCUACUGAACACCAGCCAAUUAAUAUUGAGAGAGCGAAGGCUGUAACAAUAUGAAAGCUGGUAUCUGGGCUUCAUCAAAUAGAAAUAGGUUAUCAGUAAUUAAGGAAGUAAUUUUACUGUGUCAAAACUUCAAAUAGGCUAAAAAUAUCUGUUUAUUAUUUCAAAGAUCAUGAUUUAAGUUGUUUGCUAUUGGUAUAAUUGUAUUAACAUAAUAAUUAAGAAUGGUCUGAAAAGAGUUCUAAGUUAUAAAAAAAAAAUGUAUUUGAGUGUUGAAAAAUUGAGAUAGUAAGUUGUUAUGGAUAGUUCAAUAAAUAAUAGCAUAUUAUAUAAUUUUUAAUUAGUUUAUAUACAUAAUAGAAUAAAUAAUAAUUUUGUUCAAAUUAUCUUUACUAAAAAUAAGUUAAAAAGAAUUUUUUAGCAUUAGAGGAAUUAUUUUUUUCUAACAUAAUGAUAUUAAAAAUCUAGGGUGAUGAAGCUGCCUCCUUGAUGCGACAAACAAUCCCAAAAGUUAUAAUGGUUUUUGGAGCAUCAUAUAUUCUCUGGUACCAUUUGAAGUACCACAGCAAUGUGAGUAAUAAUAUUUGUAUAGUUCUCCUGUUCUUUUAUUUUCUUCUAAAGACCAGUAUACAGCUGGGUAAAAUAUUCUCCCUCGUUCUGGAUGCUUAAAAUAUUGACAACAGUAUUAAAAGGAAAACUUUUACUUCAAUUAUUUUGUGCACAGAAUCCCACAAUUAUUUGCAUUGUCCACAAUAUAAUAUUUAGCCUAAAGAUGUCUUCUGUUUUUUAUUUGUGGUCUGAAAAAUUAUGUAUAAAUUUCUCCAAAUUGAAAUGAUUACAAGUUAUGAAAAUAAAGGACAGGGAAAUAAAAAUUGAAUUUAACCUGUUUUUAUGUGUGAAAAUUUCUGACAAGUAAAGUUAGCAGGCUUGCAAGGGAAUAAGGUAAUACGUGGAGAAGGCAUAGCAAAAAAAACUGUUGAUCUUAUUUUUUUGUACACUGGCAUGCAUGUUUCCUGGUCACUAAUCACAACUCCCCUUCCACUGUGUGCAUAUGUACACAUUCCGUUCCAUAAUUACAGUUUCCCCACUUUUUUGUGAGCCACUGCUUUAGAUAAAAAACCAGGGCUCAAGCAUAUCAAAUUUAUUUUAAAAUACUUUUGAUUUAUUUCAUUGUUCAGUUGUUGUUAGGCACAUAGCAUAUUUUUUCUAUCUUUACAUUUGAUGCAGGAUUGGACAAGAAUAGGAGGAAUCAAUAUGUUUGAAUCCAAGCCAGUGCUCUUUGCUUCUGUAAGUUUUAUCAUUCUGUUUCUUUUAGGAUAAAAGAUACCAUACCCCAGAGGCACAUUUAAGUAAAUAAAUAUUCUGCCUAAAUAUUUAAAAUUUUUAUAAAAGUUUGCCUUGAUUCUAUAUAAAUUUUUGUCAUGAGUCAUGAAUUUAACUAGAUCAUUCCUCAGAAGAAUCUAUUUCAAAGCCAAAUAUUAAUAAAAAUUUUAUUUAACUCUGACGGUGGGAAGAAACUAUUUGAUCAAGCUUUAAAAAAUUUGUAUCUGUACAUCAGUAUCUUCUUAUUGAAACAGGCAAAAUAGUGGUUCUGGUACUUCUUAACCGAGCCCUUUAAUUACACUGGCACGGCUGUCUGGCUCAACCAUAACACAGCAGCACUCUGCACUAAGAGUCAUUCACACUGUUACUUACCGUUAUGGUUUUAAAAAUUUAAUCUGUUUUAACAUUUGGCUCAUAGAAUAAACAAUACAUACGAAAGUCUGAGAAUACAGUCUGCAAAGAAAACAAUACGAAAGCUAGUGAUGCUAAAAAUAUUUAAAUCAAUUAUAUUAUUAAAUUUCUAUUCAAAUUUAAAUUCGAAUACAGAAAAAAAUAAUAUUUCAGCAUACUGCACAGCAAGUGAAAAGGGUACUCUCCUCAAAAAUACAAAUAUUUAUUUACACACACAGUCAUAUAAUGUCUCGUAUAGCAAAAAUCUCUCCCUCACUCUCUCUCUGUCUGCUAAGAAACCUGGUUGCCUAUAUAUAUAUAUAGGGAUUAAAUCAGAACGAUCAAGUUAAGAAAUUCUAGAAAAGGCAUCACUUAUGGCAUCCUUUAUAAAAAACAGAACACAUUCAAAUGUAAACAAUCUUUUCCCAACUAAGGGAGGGGCAGGUGACAAUAGAGUGACACAGUACAUUUACUAGGUGACAUAAGUAUCAAGGCCACUCUAAGUGGUAGAAAAAUGGUGGUGGCUCAAAAUAGCUCUGCACAUAUCCUAUACUAGACUAUACUAUAACAACACCAAAUAAUAGAGGUGGCAACACUUCAUAAAAUAAUUCUGUUAAUCUUUAUUCUUUGUACUGACACAAUGUCACCAUUAUAUAGUACACAAAACCCCUCUCUGGGACUAACGGCAUUAAAGACUUGAUGUAAAAUAACUUCCACUAGCCACACACUUCUGACUACUGUAUAUAAACUUCUGGGUUACUCCCAGAACUAAACAUGAAAUACAUGGACUCGAGUGUAUUACUGUGAACUGUAUCUCGGCUAACGCUCCUCUCGAUCUCACACAUCUUAUAUGCAACACUUUUGUUUGUCAUCCUUUUCCUUUCAUCCAUUCAGUUCAUGCCAACUGGGAUUCUCAUACCCUUUACAACAGCAUUAGUGCGGGAUAAAACAAGACAUUACCAUAUCUUUAUAAAAAUGAUAUCCCAUAAUGGCUGAAGUUGCUUUGUAUAUUGAAGUGGAAAAAAAAGUGCAAUUAUUUACCCAAUUUAACAAAGAUUUAUAAAAGAAGCUAUCUUAAAAUUAUUACAACCAAUGUAUUUGUUUCAGGACCACGCACAAUUCAAAGAGAAAGAUAAAACGGACUACAAUGACCAAGGUUUCAAGUCUAGGAAAGCAUUGUUAAUCCCUAGGGAUUAAGAAUUUGUUUUACAUUCUCCCUGCCUCUAGAAUAUAGAAGUAUUUACCUUCUAAAUAAAUAAAAAAUGUACAUAAUUUGUACAGGUAUUCAAUCUUGUAAUGUAGUGUUAAAAAAUGACCAGGAAAUAGUAUUUUCUUUUUUGGCUAUGAUUUCAGGAUCUAAAACUUAUGCAACAUUUUUUUUGGUUAACAAUUAAAAUUAAAAAAUAAAUUAUUCCAAUAUGAUUUUUUUUCUUCAAAAAACCCUUUCUGGUUUUCUGUUAAACAGUAGUUUUAGAAUUUUUAAAUGUAAUGAUUGCCGUUGAAAUCGCAGCUUGCCAAUAAAUAAUUUUCCUAGAAAAAAAAAGGAAAAAAAAAAAAAAAAAAAAAAUUAGAACAAUUUUUUUUAAUUAAUAAUAAAAAAAAAAAAAAAAUUUUACAAAAAAAAAAAAAAAAAAAAAAAAAAAAAAAAAAGAUCUGAGCUAGUUUUGCUCAAUACUACUAAACAAAUAAAAAAGAUAUCAUUUUAGUUAACCCUUGCCAACUGUAUUCUCUGUCAUCAUAUAAACUUCAGUUGUAGGGGAAAAACAAAUAAUCGCUUGACUGUUUAUUUAAUGUUAAUGACAACAUUAUAAAAAGAAUAUUCUGUUGGAAACUUAUCUUCUUAGUCCAGUGAUUCAUUUUUCAGUAUACCGUAUUUCACAAACUGCAUUGACUGAAUAUUAAGUGUUUGAAAUGGUAGAAAUGCUGUGGAAGUAUCCAUAUAGCUGACAUUGCUUUGUGCUUGACUUGACUGUUGAAAUAAGAUUUUUUUUUUUUUUAACUCAACAUUGAUGAAGGUUAAUACAUAUUUUGUUUUAAAAAAAAAUUGAGAGU